AUGUCAAUGAUAGAAGGUGAGAUGGUCCUUGGAAGUGAUACUAGUCAUUUGAAUAGACUAUAUAAAAACGGGAAGCAGGGUUCAGGCGAAUCUGAAGUGGAAAAGCAAACUAUGACACACCUGAAUAGUAGGCCAAAGAGAAUAGCAGAAGUGGAUGGAAGUGAAUCAGGUGAAUCUACAAAUACUCAAGAAGAGAUGAAAAUUAUCAAACGGGUGAAGAGAGAAAAUUCUGAUAGUUUAGUGGAGUUGAAUUCUACGAUGUAUAACGGGCUGGUAUCGCCGGGCUCGUCAAUCUCAAAGCAUAACAGGUCUGCUGUUAGUGUUGCAAAGCACCAGCCUUCAUCGACGGGACAUAGACCAGUGACAUCCUGUACGCAUUGUCGGCAACACAAGAUCAAGUGUAAUGCAUCUGAAAACUUCCCUGCUUCCUGUUCCAGAUGUAAACGUAUGGGGCUACAAUGUCAAAUUGAUCCCCAGUUCAGACCAAAGAAAGGGUCUCAGUUGCAGAAUCUCAAGAACGAGAUUGAGGAGCUUAAUUCGAAACUGGAAUUUUUGCUAAGAAGUGAGGGAAUUUUGGCCUCCGCAAUGCGAAAUUCAGAGUUGGGUAGACAAAUUUUGCAGGCGAUAAAGACUCAAGAUUCAGCGCAGCAUAGCGGAAUUUCAGUACAGACGUAUUUGGCGAGCGAACCGGAGUUGCUGAAGUCUGACUCUUCGUUUACUUCACGAGUCACAAGCCCCAUGGGGCCUGCAUCUAAUGGCACUGACUAUACAAAAGGUUCCGGGAGUGUUCCUCCUCUACUGAAUGACUCAGCUCCUCCAAACAGCAGUGCAAAGUCCCUUCCCCCUGGCUUACAGCUUGUUUUGAAGCACCACUCAUCAGCAAAUCAUUCGCCGGCAGAUACUCCGACUUCUAAUGGUACACCUGCAAUGACACCCGAGACGAAUAAAAAGCCUGUUGUAAUGACCACCAACACAUUGCCUCUAUUGCCCAGUCCCCAAGCAAAUAUUGAUGAAUUUGUACUGGGUGAUGUUCAGAUUACAAUUAAACGGGCUGAAGAGCUGCACACUAUUUUUGUUACUAAGUAUUUGCCCUACUUUCCUAUCAUGACAAGCGAGUCGGUGACGGAGCUAUAUUCCCGCUCGCAGUUAUUAUUUUGGACUGUUAUGCUGAUAGCAUGUCUGUCUGAUCCGGAACCUACACUCUACAAUAAGCUUGCUUCUCUUAUAAAACAACUAGCCAUUGAAACAUGUUGGAUACGCACUCCAAGAUCAACCCAUAUUUCUCAAGCAUUGCUACUACUUUGUAAUUGGCCGCUUCCAAAUCUGAAGGUUCUGGACGAUUGUUCCUAUCGAUUUGUGGGUUUAGCAAAGUCUCUUUCUUUUCAAUUAGGUUUACACAGGGGUGAAUUCAUGUCAGAGUUUACCAGGACACAGGCAUUGAUGCCAGAUGCUGAGAAAUGGAGAACCAGGACUUGGUUAGGCAUAUUUUUUGCUGAACAAUGCUGGAGUAGUAUUCUUGGACUACCGUCUACUUUUCAAACGGAUUAUAUCAUUGAGAAGGCAAGACUGGGAAAGGUCCCAGAUUUACCAAUGCCUUUUCGUCAGUUGAUUUGUUUGGCGCAUUUCCAGGCCAAACUCUCCGGCAUAAUGGGAUCCAGUGUGAGUUCCCAAGACGGUUUAUUAGAGACCGGUGAACGUGCCGGCUCACUUGCUAUCAUGGAAUGGGAACUAUCUCGUUUACAUGCAAGCAUGAAAUUUGAUACCUAUCCCUUUGUGGAAAUAUAUUACCUUUACGCAAAGCUAAUGAUUUGCUGUUUUGCAUUUUUACCUGAUACUCCGAUUGACUAUCAAAAGAAGUAUGUUACAGAGGCAUAUAUGGCGGCUACGAGAAUAAUUACGCUAUUAACGAAGAUCUUAGAAGAACGGCAACUCAUUGAAUUGCCGAUUUACGUUAGACACAGUGCUAACUACGCUGCUUUGAUACUCUUUAAAAUUCAUUUGACGCUAUAUUUGCCAGAUAAGUACGUCGACUCUGCCCGCCAGUCUAUCGUUACAUUGCAUCGACUGUAUAGAAAUCAACUAUCUGCAUGGGCCGCAAGUGUGGAAAACGACAUUUCUAGAACUGCAAGCGUUCUGGAGAAGUUAAACUUCGUUUUAAUAACACAUCCCGAGUUGUUCGUCGAAGAAGACGGUAUUAUUUCUCGUAUGAGGUCUCAUCUAACCGGUACAUUAUUCUACGAUCUUGUGUACUGUGUUCAUGAGGCCAGAAGACGUGAAAAUGAUGAAAAAUAUAAUGCAGAAGUUCAAAGAAAGAGGAAUGAACUACUAAGCAGUUGUAGCGAAGAGAAGAAAGUUCUACUAUCGAGGAAGUUGUUCCCACUACCAUUCUAUAAUCAAAUUUCUAAGGAAGAUUUCGAGACCAUUACGCAAACCACACCAAAUGGUACAACAGUUACGAAGUUGGUACCUACCAAGAACGCAAUGAAGCAGGCAAGAAUGUUACAAAGCCAAGGAGGUGAAGACGGCAUGCCUAUAAAAUCUAUUAACGGUAUCCCGCUCUCAAUGCUUGAUGCUACUGGCAGUGUCGUUCCAGAAGCCAGCACUGGCACUUGCAAGAAAAUACUGCAAGAAGCAACGCAACGACAACAGCAAUCAUUCAUGCUAAUUCCUACUGCAGCAAAACCAGCUACAGAUCCGCUAUCUCCUUCCUCACAAACUGAUAGUCGUGUUUUUGAAAUGCAGCCUGCGGAUUCCAACUCCAUUGUUGCAACAUCUAUGCAGCGUUCGGUAUCCGCUUCUCUAGUAGAGUCGUCGCCAUUUGGCAGAAAUGGGAUUCCAAAAAUCACUUCAGAAUCAAUUGCUACAGGAAUUCCGAAUUCUUUAUUCAACAAUGGCGAUACUGGCUUGUCCACAAUUGAUCCCCGAGAUCAGAAGUCUUCGCGCUUAAACAGCACCUCUGCAGUCGCUGCGUUUAGCGAAUCUGCUAUGAACAAAACGCUAGCGACGACACCGUCAUACACAAAUUUGAGCAUGUUCCUGGACACUAACGGGAACAGAUUAAGCGCAACCUCUGCUAGCGCGGCAUGUGAUGAGAAUAACGCCUUACUAACUGUUGGUAAUGAACAACAACAGCUCCAAAACAGUUCAGCGAAUUUUAACCAACUAUCGGAGCUUGAUACCUUUUUUCUACAGCAAAGUACAGGGUGGAUUGAAGGCAAUUCUAGUACUGAUGAUUUCUUAGGUUGGUAUGAUAUUAAUAUGAUUCCUGAAUUCUGA